AUGGCGACUGUUCACGUGGGCUCAUGCAAACUAUUGCUUGCUCUCCUGCUCGUCUCUUCCCUCCAGGUCUUCGUUGUCACUGCCACCGAGUUCACGGUAGGCGGCGAAGAUGGCUGGGGCGUUCGGAGAUCGAACAAAGACAGAGACGUCUACAACGACUGGGCGUCGAGGAACCGCUUCAAAGUCGAUGACACUAUACAUUUCAAGUACCAAAAGGACUCGGUGAUGGUGGUAACGAGCGAGGAGUACGACAAGUGCAGAUCCUCGCACCCCCUGUUCUACUCCAACAACGGCGACACGGCCUUCAAGCUCGACCGGCCCGGCUUGUUCUACUUCAUCAGCGGGGUCACGGGACACUGCGAGAGGGGCGAGAAGAUGAUCAUCAAAGUGUUGGAAACGGAAGAAACCCCGCCGCCUCAAUCCGCGAACGAUAAUUCGACCAAGACAUCUCAGUCUUCUCCAACGCUAUUCCCCAUGUACUCGCUGGCCAGCGCCGUGGCGCUCGUCACAGUGUCGUUCCUUGCGUGACUUUUCUUGUUUUAGAUCAACUCUUUUUCUUCUGGGGUACGAGGAAGGGACCAGGGUUUGAUUUGGGUUUGGCUUGCAAUUUUUAGGAGAUUAUGUCAUUAGAGGAGGUAUCUACUUGAUCAUGGACAGUUGAUGAGUCCAAAUAAUUCAAGACGAAAUGCUCUACUCAGUCA